AUCUGGGAUUAUACCCCGGACACCUCUCUGAAGAAAGCAAACGCCUUGAUGAUUAGCUACUGUCCUGUAUGGUAGGCUAGGGAUGUACUAUGAUUGACGUCGAAGUGGACCAAUGUACUACUUACAUGGCAUCAAUUUAUGUCCUCCUCGACCAAUGACAAGGUCAUUUUCCGGCAUAUUCUGUUUAUAUCCCACCUCUCAAUUGUCUACUCUGUCUACUCUAUCGCGUUUUUCCGGAGAGGAGCCGGCAGGUGACAGCGAGGGUCUUCUUUACAGCAUAGGUGCCAUUUUAUGUUUCUGUAUUUAAUUUGAAGAUUUUGUUCACUGUAAGUAUUUAGAAAUAUGGCUUCCUUUUUGUCGGUCAUCCCUCCUUUCUUGUUAUCGGUUCUCAUAUUUUCUGGAGCGGUAGUCGCACGGGGUGAUGUGCUCGAGUUAGGGGACGCAGAUUUCGAUUACCUGGCAGCGGAGCACGAGACCAUGCUAGUGAAAUUCUACGCUCCAUGGUGUGGACAUUGUAAGAAACUAGCCCCAGAUUUUGAGACCGCAGCCACUCGACUGAAGGGGACAGUUCCACUUGCUAAGGUGGACUGCACAGCGAGCCCAGACACAUGUGGGCGUUUUGGGGUCACAGGGUACCCCACGCUCAAGAUCUUCAGAAACGGAGAAGAUGCCUCGUCCUAUGACGGGCCACGCUCCGCAGAUGGCAUUGUCCACUUCAUGAAGAAGCAGGCUGGACCCAACUCUGUUACCCUGCGCAGGGAAGCAGAUCUCGAGGCCUUUGUCAACCACUUUGACGCCAGUGUAGUGGGAUUUUUUUCUGGGCCUGACAGUGGUCAGCUGGCAGAGUUUCUGAAGGCGGCCAGCGUCAUGAGGGAGCACUUCCGCUUCGCCCACACCAUCGACAUGACCCUGGGCCUCAAACACGGGGUGGACACUGAGCGUGUUCUGCUGUUCAGACCCCCAAGACUGAGCAGUAAGUUUGAGGAGAGCGUACUACGCUUCACUGAGACGAUCACCACCCACACACUGCGGCGCUUCAUCAGAGACAACAUUUUUGGAAUGUGCCCCCAUCUGACCAAUGAGAACAGAGAUAAGCUGAAGGGGCAGGACUUGUUGACUGCGUACUAUGAUUUGGACUACCUGCAGAACCCCAAAGGCACCAACUAUUGGAGGAACAGGGUGAUGAAGGUGGGUUCUCAGUUUGCGUCCCAGGGCCUGAGUUUUGCCGUGGCCAAUCGCAGGGACUUUGUGGAUGAGCUGGAGGAGGAGUUUGGUCUGGGGGCGUCGGACGGAGGAGAUCUACCCUUCGUAACCAUCAGAACACAACAGGGAUUCAAGUACACCAUGAGGGAGGAGUUCACGCGAGAUGGGAAGUCCCUGGAAAGAUUCCUGGAGGAUUACUUUGCUGGACGACUAAAACGUUACAUCAAGUCGGAGCCCAUCCCUGAGAAAAACAAAGGCCCCGUCAAGGUAGUGGUAGCGGAGUCAUUUGAGGAGAUUGUGAAUGACCCGGAGAAGGACGUGCUGAUUGAGUUCUAUGCCCCCUGGUGUGGUCACUGUAAGAGCCUGGAGCCCAAGUACAAGGAGUUGGCAGAACAGCUCUACUCUGAUCCUAAUAUUGUAAUUGCCAAGAUGGACGCCACAGCCAAUGAUGUUCCACAAGCCUUUGAUGUGCAAGGGUUUCCCACCAUCUACUUUGCUCAGGCAGGCAAGAAGGACCAGCCCAAGCGAUAUGAGGGAGCCCAUGAAGUGAAGGACUUCAUCAAGUACUUGAAGAGAGAAUCCUCGCACGUUCCUGUUGUCAGCAGAGUGAGAGAAGACCUGUGAACAGAAGUAAGGUGAUGGCAGGGGUGUAUUAUGAAAAAUGUAGCUUGAGACCCCUGGAAUUACGGUUGUGGAUAUUCACAACUUCUGCUAAGAUUCUUUAUUUCUGAUGAAAUGACACUCCAAAAACCUAAAUCUACCCACAAUAAUUUUGUUCCUUGAAACAAUAGUUUUGAAAGUCACACAAUUGACUCUCUAGGAAAAGAGCCCCUUGUAAUUGUUCAGGAGGAGAAAUAACAUUUCUACAGAGGAAGAGAGAACAAAGAUUGAGGACUGCGAAUCUCUAAUGUCAAGUGACUUGGAAGGGAGAUGAGGCUGAUUGUCUUGGCAUGAGACUGAACCAAACCUUCCCAAUUUACUUUCAUUAAAGGACAAAAUCAAAAUUAAUAUCAACGGCAUCAACUCACCAAGGAGCAGUUUGGUGCAGGUUUGUCAUGCAUCAAAUACCAUGAAAUGAAUGGAUGUUGUAUAAUGACACUGUAAUAACACCUAUUUGUUUCUAGGUCUUGACUUACCACCUGUAUGUCAGAACUAUAGGUCUUCUUCACCACUAUAAGAAGACCUAUAGAUGUUUUAACUUUAUGUUUUUGAAUAUUCUGUUUUUUAUUUAUGUUUAUGUAGAAUGUUUCUAUCAUUAUAUGCCAUUUUCCCCAGAUUUUUUUGGGAGCAAGUAACUUCUGAAAGGCAUGUACAAUGUUUGGAUUUGACUAUGAAGGCCAGAUGUGUGUUAUUUAUCAUAUUUAUUAUAUAGUAUAGGCAAUACAGUAAUUCACUUUCUGUGUACUGUACAUAAUGUGUGAACAUAUUUGCAAUCUUAAUUGUCUCUAUUUUGACAGAGCCUUUUGAUUUAUUGAUGUACAUUUUAUUUGUUGCAACUCAGAGGACCCAUUAUCCUUACUUUAUUUUUGAUCCGCUAAGAAAUGUUUGUCUUUGGAGUUUUCUCACUUAAAAGAUGCUGAAACCAUUUAAUAAAAUGACUGACUUCGA